AUGCCGACAUCGACGCUUGAGAGCAAUCCGAAGGAGGCUCAAAAAGAUCCGCCGUCUCCUUCCCUAGGGCUCUUGAAGCGGUCACCACCAGUACCAGUCGAAGUUACACCAAAAAAGAAGACUAAGGACCAACAUGAAAUGACUGAGUACUUUGGGAAGGUGCUUAACGCAAAGACAGUCCUGCGAGACUUCAAGGAAGUGACUCACGCAAAGAACUAUAUGACCAAAGACCCAGUGAAUGUGUCUCUUUGUUGCAUCGGAUACGGUGUGUGGUAUGCCAUCUACCUAAAUGGCUUUGACGAAACCAAAGAGGCCCCAUACCAACAAAUCAAGCCUGUGCUCACAGCGUUGGGAAUAACUGACAAGUCCAGGCAAAGGGAUGCUAGGGAAUAUGCUUUUGCACUUCAAUCCCGCAUCUUGUGCGCAGCCCCUAGACGCAAGAGCAAAGAUGUUGACGAGCCUAUUUUAAAAACACAGCAGAAAAGUGGGCGAAUGGGAGAACCAGAAUGCGUUUUUAUGUGUACAAUGCAUGAUACAACCAACGACAGUAAACUCGCCAUUCUGAACCUCGUCGUAAACUUUCUACAAGCGAGGGGAGUGCCGGCAGAAAUCAGUCAUCACUGCGACCGCACUAACCCGAAAAAGCAAUCGCUAGAUCACUUUAUCACGGAUAAUUCUAUUAUCCGACUGGUAAAGCAUCAGUGGGGAGGUCGAGUGGAUACACGGUUCUAUACAGCCUAUCCUGACUCCAGGCACGCUUUGUUUUCCGAACCAUAUCCAAAAGCAGCGCACAUCGCUUUGGGUUACCCGCACAUUAAGAAGGAAGUUGUUUCUUGUCCUACAACAGUCCUAACUGAUCCAAUCGACUUGUGCGACAGUACUGACGAGGAGAUAGACGACUUUGCCGAUAAACACCCAAUCUAA